UGUCCGCUACCACCCUUCACCACCCUAUUUGUCGCGCCGUUUCUACCUUCUGUCGUGACGAGAAACCCUAACCCUAUCCCGUCGUCCCCAUCAACGCUAAUGUCACACACCCUUAACCCUUAACCCUAAGUCGUGACGAACCACACCACAAACCUUAUCAUGUCGUCGUUCAUCCUUUUUCUCUCCUUCGUCCGCCCAGAUGAUCACAUCUGCCCUGUUGCGCCAUCUCUGUCGUAUUGCGCCUACUCUGCCGAGAUCAAGCAUCAAUUUCAUCAUCUAAAUUGGAAGUGUGUUAGAGCUCCUUUACAAGAUGGAAUGUAACGUGUAUGCCCUAGAAUUUUUCAAAGAAAUAUUUUUACUGUUGAUGGUGAUCCACAAUGUGGGUGAUUGGACUCAUCCCUUACAUGUUCAAAAUAUGGUUUGUAGACCAUUGUGUGCCAUUACAGGGUGCCUAUAGAGUUGUUUCAGACAUAGUCACAUAGUUCGUGGUACAGUCUGGUACGGGAAUAGGGAACGGGAACGAGAUUCAUGAGGUUUGGCGUAUCGGGUACGAGGGGGGUAGGUUCAUUUCGGUACGUGUCCGGUACGGCGUACCAUUGGUCCCAAUACGGUGUACCUGAUUUUAGAACACAUAUUUAGCAAUAAUUUAUGUAUAAACAUAAUUUUAAGCAACAUAUUUUAUUUAGAAGUACAAUUCCAGCAAAAUACACAUAUUGUAAAGAUUACAUGCUAGAAAUUAAAACAGAUUACAUGCUGGAAAUCAAAAGUUCAAAACAGCAACAGUUUUGUAAUAACUCAAAAACACAAACAGGAAGGGUAAACCAACAAAAACUGAAAUGUAACAUGCCAAUCAACCCAUUGCUUUUUUCCUUGUCCAUUCUCCAAAUCUUCUUCAUUUAAGAACUCCCAAACCAUGUCAUCUAAUCAUGAACUCGAUCCUUCAAUGUAAGUGCUUUCGGGAUUGAUGUCCCACUUUUUGUGUGGGCCGGAUUUGUAUGAUUCGUGGAAACGAGAUAGGAGUCGAAUGUUUGACUGGAUGUAAACCAAUUUAUCGGCUCUUUUUUCAUUCAACCAGUUUCUUUUCAAAUUAUGAAUAUAAGAAUAAGUACUCUAAUUCCUUUCCGCGGAAGAGGUACUAAUAGGUUGUGAAAGUACCUUCUUUGCCAACAAGGCCAAAUCCGGAGUUUCGGCUCCAUAGGUUGACCACCAAUCUGUUGGAUCCAUUGUCAAAGCAUCCGUUUGUGUUUCUGCCAUUAAGUAGAUACCUUUCUUCAUGUGAAAUGUUACGAAUUGCUCUCGUAACAAUCGUCCCUCCUCUUCAUUUUUAGAAAAUCUAUUGAAGGAGUCCAUGACACCUUGCAUAACCUCUUUGUUAAGAUUUGGUGGUUUCCUUUGCAUACCACCGGGUGCCAUUUUUUGAAGAUAUCACCUAUCAUAAAAGCAUGGGUUUAAUGCAUCAUUUUUGUUAAACUAACAGAACUUAAAUCUAAUGACCACUUUGUUAUUCAUCAUUUCUCAGAAUCAGUGCCACUUAACCACAUGAGUUAUAAGUUGGUCAGGUUCAUACAAUCACCACGAGGAGUUCUGUGGUUGCCCUUUGAUACUUUUUAAAAUUCCACUUCUUUUAGAUCUAAUAUCGUGUAAUUUCACCAAAACUGUUUGUUUUUUUGUGGCUGCAAAAGAAGAAUGAAAGGUUGUUUAACAAAUAUGGGAAGGUUGUUUACAAAAGAAAUGACCAAAAAUCUCUUGUUGCAAAGGUUGAUGAUCAUGCUUACUUGCUUUGUGCUUGGCUUGUAAGCCCUUCAUGCUAUAACUUAUAACAAUUAUACAUUCAGAUUAGGGGGUGUUUGGAUAGGGAAAAAAUAACUGCUUAUUAGCUUAUUGCUUAUUCUCACCACAAUAAGCUAAUUUAAGUGUUUGGAUAGGAUGCUUAAAAAAUCAGCUUAUUGUGGUAGGAAUAAGCAAAAUAAGCUGAUUUUAAUAAGCUAUGGGAGCAAUGCUUAUUGCUUAUUGCUUAUUUUUAAUGAUUCAAAAAUUACUAAUUUACCCUUCAAUAAACUAUACAUAAAACCCCUUAAAACCCUUCAAAACCGAUCAUUUGCUUCACCUAUUGUUGCUGCCGAUACCUUUUCUCCCUUGGCCAUCGUCCCUGGAACCAUCGGCAGGUAAUGGACAGUGUCAAUGUUCAUGAUAUGGAUUUUGAUACAACCAAAGUGAAAGGUACAAAUAGGAUUAAUUGGGAUCCUCAUACAUUCAAGAUAUUUCUUGAGGAAUGUAUGACCGAGCUAAAAAACGGGUAUAGAGCGAGUAGUUAUUUCAAAGCGCCCGUGUGCCAAAAUAUAUGUAAGAGGCUUUUGGAACGAACGGGUAAAGAAUUGGACAGAAAUCAAAUGAAAAACAAAUGGGACAUAAUACGGAAAGAGUUCAAAUAUUACGACCGUUUAACAAGACUAGAAACGGGAAUUUCAAUUGAUCCCGUGAAAAAUACAAUCUCCGCAUCAAAGGAAUGGUGGGAUGAUAAAAUAAAGGAAGAUAAAGAGUUUGCUAAGUUUAAGGAUAAGAAUUUGGAUGUAUAUCAGACAUAUUAUGAGGCUUUAUUUCGGGAUACUGUAACUAUUGGAGAUAAGGCUAAGGUACCUUGCGAAUUUGGCGACAAUAGCACUCCGAAUGAUGUACAACUUGUGGAUAUUACGGAUGGAAAAGAGGAUACUGAUGACGUCCUCUUAUUUGAUGAUGUUGAUCCUUUUUUCACAAUGGAUAGUUCUAGUAUGAAUAGGAGGGGAAAGAAAUUAACUCCCAGGCGUAACAAGAAAAGAAAAUUUGAAGGAAAAAAUGAAGGAAAAAAUGAAGAAAAUAGUGAAGGAAAGAAUAUGGCAAACUCGUCAUAUGAAGAGAAACUGGACACUGUUUUUGAUGUUCUGUUAACAAGGAGCAUUCAACCAUCAAGACAAACCACACAAUCUCCCACAACAGAAGAAUGCAUGGCAAUUGUCUCUACUUUCCCGGGUUUUGAAGAAGGCUCAAUAGGAUAUUUAGAAGCGUUAGAGGUCUUUUUAAAGAAACCAACUCGUCAAAAUUUUAUGGUUCCAAAGAGUAAUGAAACAAAGAUGGAGUUUCUCAAGAGGCUUAUAGAGAAAGAGAAGUAGUGUUAGACUUAUCCUUUUAUGUCAUGUGUUAGACAUUCUCUAAUUUUUUUGGUCAGUUUUGCCCUUGCCACAUGGUUAUGUUUUGUUUCCUUUUCUAUGCUUUUAUCUAUUGGGUAAACUUUAAAUGGUUGUUAUGUGUCAGACUUAUUCUUUCAACUAUUAUGUUAAAUUUAAAUGGUUGUUUUGUGUGUGUUUUAUGCAAUAUCGUUUGAUGUUUGUUUUGUGGUCAAUUUUGCGCUUGCCCCAUGAUUUUACUGUUCUUUUCUUUUCAAUGAUGUUGCUAUGAUUUUAU